UGCGGCGGAAGCAAACAAACGACAAUCGACGAGUGGGCUGCUGUGCCGGCCACACCUACUUCACCUUCACCUUUAAAAACCAUGGCGCUAAACAGGAUUUGCUUCGUCGCAGGCAAAAAUUUCUCAAAAUUGAGGGUUUCAGCUUUACCUUCAAGAUGUUUUUCCCAGUCGGCAGUUAGGCUUAAUGACAUGAAAGAUCCAGAAGGUAUCAAGGAACCCUAUAUUCCACCUUACCAGGAGAAGCUUGAUGAGCCUGUUAGGAUGAAGAAAGCUCGUCUGAUAUACCAGUCCCGAAAGAGAGGCAUGUCGGAGAAUGGCCUCCUUCUCAGCACCUUUGCUGCUAAAUACUUGGAGAAUAUGGACGAAAAGAGCCUCCAAGAUUAUGACCGUCUCAUCAACCUGCCAUCUAACGACUGGGACAUUUUCUACUGGGCCACCGGCGUGAAACCAACACCUCCGGAGUUUGAUAACGAAAUCAUGAACAGGUUAAAAGAGCACGUUAGCAACAAGGACAGAGAGUCGAGGCUUCACCAGCCUGCUUUAUAUUAACGCUGGAGCAUUUAAAUGUGUUAUUUAUCAAUUAUACACAGUAGAUGUUGAUAUUAAAGUGGUUUAUUGGAUAUCAUAAAAGAUCAAGU